AUGAUUGAUCUGAAGCCCAACACCCUGACCCUAAUUUUCGGGCCUCAAGAUCCCGACAUUGGCAGUCAACACCUUGAUAGCCUUCGAACAGAGCUGUUGAAAACGCCUCAUCUUCAAUGGAUAGUCGAUCUUUUGACGAAGCUACCACAAGAGUGGCCUGCAAUUUCUACCGCCCACCCCGAGCUUCAGGCCUUCCAGGGCCAAAAGUACCUUCAGCUGCUGAGCGAAUGGGUGAGAAGGGGAGUACUGCCACAAAAUCUGUUUCCGUUGCCCAACAUUUUGGUUACACCAUUGGUUGUUACAACACAAUUGGUGCAAUAUACAAAGUUCUUGGAGCAAAUCAACCCAAAUAUCACACGAGAUAAUUCACUGAGGGAGUUAUUGAAAAUUGACACCGAGACAGCGGGCCUCUGUACUGGAUUGCUGAGCAGUGCCGCGGUCGCUAGCUCGAGAACGCUCGCGGAACUUGAGAAACAUGGCGCGGCUGCUAUUCGAAUGGCGAUAGGGAUUGGCGCCCUGGUCGACGCUGGUGACACGGAAGUUGAAGAUGGUGAUAAGUGGCAGUCCCUUGCAGUUGGAUGGACAACCCAGACAGCGGAGGCGAAUUUGUAUAGCAUCAUGGAGCAUUUCCCUGAGGCAUAUGUCUCUGUCAUUUCAGAAGCCCGCUUAGCUACACUCACUAUUUUAAAAAUGGAUUCAAGCGAAAUAGAGGAGCAGUUGAAAAAUUCCGGCUUGAUCUUCACAAAGACAACACUCCGUGGACCUUUUCACUGUGGGAAACGUGAGGACCAGGCGACAGCUCUUCUGCAUCUAUUUGAUUCAGAGUCUGCUUUCAAUUUCCCGGCCACGCCGCAGCUCGCAUUCAAGACACGGGCGGCGGAUGGCUGCGAGCUCUCCACCGAUGAAAAGCUUCAUCAGAUGGCAGCUCGCGCAAUGUUGACAGAGCGAGCUGAUUGGCAUACGCUGUUUACGACACUUCAUGAGACAGCUUCCCUGGCUGUAACAUUCGGAAGCCAGCGUUUCGUACCACAGUGGUUCCUCCGCAAGCUUGGACCUAAAUUGUCGCAUGCAGUUGAUCUGGAUAUCCAGGAAGGUAAAUUUCCUGCUCCAAUGUAUGCUCUAUUAGACUCUGCCCAAGACCACUCCAUCGCCGUGGUCGGUAUGGCAUGCCACUUCCCUGGCGGCAGCGAUAUCAAUGAGUUUUGGGACACAAUUUGUGCAGGAGAAUCGCAGGCCCGUGAGGUUUUAGCCGACAGAGUCAAUUUUGAGUACGCAACUUGGCGUGAGAGGAAUCCGGACCGAAAGUGGUUUGGAAACUUUGUGGAAGAUCACGACGUCUUCGACCACAAGUUCUUUCAGAAGAGCCCGAGAGAAGUUGUUUCGACUGACCCUCAACAUCGGUUAAUGCUGCAAGUUGCCUAUCAGGCAGUGCAGCAGUCUGGAUACUUCAACAAGCCAAGCUCAAGUCGACAUGUUGGUUGCUACGUCGGAAUUGGUGUAACGGACUAUGAGAACAAUGUCGCAUGUUAUGAACCAACAGCUUACACAGCGACGGGAAAUCUCAAGUCCUUCGCCGCUGGUAAAAUCAGCCACUUCUUCGGUUGGAGUGGACCUGGUGUUACGAUCGACACAGCCUGUUCAUCCUCUGCCUUAGCCGUGCACCACGCCUGCAGGGCAAUCCUGAGUGGCGAAUGUGAUGCCUCCCUUGCUGGCGGUGUGAAUCUGAUGACAAGCCCCGAAUGGUAUCAAAACCUAGCCGGGGCGUCAUUUCUCAGCCCUAGUGGACAAUGUAAGCCAUUCGAUGCGGCAGCAGAUGGUUAUUGCAGAGGAGAGGGCGCGGGCGCCGUUUUUCUGAAGAAACUAUCAGCCGCGGUUGAGGACGGUGAUCAGAUCCUCGGUGUUAUCAAAGGAUCCAGUGUGAACCAAAACGAGAACUGCUCCGCGAUCACCGCGCCGAGUGUUUUGUCUCUCGGGAAUGUCUUCAACAGUGUGCUUAGGAAAGCCAGGCUUGACCCCAAACAGAUCUCUGUAGUAGAGGCACACGGCACAGGGACGCAGGUUGGCGACAAAGCAGAGUACGACAGUGUUCGCAAAACGCUGGGUGGACCAGGUCGCUCACAGCCCUUGAAUUUAGGAUCUGUCAAGGGUCUUAUUGGACACCUGGAGUGUGGCUCCGGCAUCGCCGCACUGAUUAAAGUGCUGCUGAUGAUUCAACAUGGCACUAUUCCUCCGCAGGCUGGCUUUAAGACUCUGAACCCAAAGUUGAGGGCCUUGCCGUCAGAUAAUAUUGACAUCUCCAAGAAGCUCAAGCCCUGGGAGGCAGAUUUCCGUGCUGCACUCCUGAACAAUUACGGUGCUUCGGGUUCGAACGCUUCGCUGAUCGUAACCCAAGCAAGUGAAGUGCCGCGCGACAGCGAGCUUUCAGAAACAUCGGUUGGAUACAAGCGUCCCUUCUGGUUCUCUGGCUUGGAUGCUCAAUCUUUGCGAUCAUACGCGGCCAAGAUGAUCGAAUUUCUCAAAUCGAGAAAGGCGAAUGACCGUCAUUUCUCGAUUGCAAAUAUAUCUUUCCAACUAGCUCAUCAGUCAAAUCGCUCGCUUGGAGAGGCACUAAUCUUUAGCUGCGCCUCAGUCGAAGAGCUUGAAACAAAACUCGCCAAUUUUGCAAACGGGCGUGGCGAGCUGACCUCAACAACCAGAAAGGAGGGAUCAAAACCGGUUAUUCUUUGUUUCGGCGGCCAACGAUCCAACUUUGUCGGUCUAGACCGAGAAGCUUAUGAGUAUUUCCCACUGCUACGUGCCCAUCUCGACCAUUGCCACGAGCUCUGUCUGUCGCUCGGACUGGCAGGAAUUGUCCCAGCAAUCUUUGAGCGUACGCCAAGGAAAAGUAUUGUCGAAUUGCAGACAAUGCAGUUUGCUCUACAGUACUCCUGUGCAAAGAGCUGGAUCGAGAGUGGCGUGCAAAUUUCAGCGCUCAUAGGUCACAGCCUGGGUGAGCUCACGGCCAUGUGUGUAUCGGGCAUGCUCUCAGUCGAGCAUGCUUUGAAGACAAUCUCGAGACGAGCUAGAAUCAUUGAAGAGAAAUGGGGCGCGGAGAAGGGUUGCAUGUUGGCUGUCGAUGGCGAGUUGAAUAAUGUACAACGAUUGCUGCAACUGGUGAAUGCCGCUUCCUCUGCACCUGUCAAUAUUGCUUGCUUCAACGGCCCUCGCAACUUCACCCUAGCUGGCUCAUCUUCUGCGAUAGAACUUGUCAAGGAGACGAUAUCUGCCACUCCCGCCUUGUCUGACAUUAAGACAAAGACCCUUGAUACAACUCAUGCUUUCCACUCCGCAUUGGUGGAUGAUCUUGUUCCUGAACUUAACAAGCUUGGAGAGGACGUGAUCUUCCGCAAGCCAGUCAUUCACCAUGAGCGAGCCACUCAAGAUACCCCUAAUGGCCCGCCGCCAUUCACGGUAUUUGCUUCGCAUAUGAGAGACCCUGUCUACUUUGACAAGGCAGUGCAACGUCUCGCAGAUCGAUACCCUUCAAGCGUUUGGUUGGAGGCAGGUUCGGGGUCGGGAGUGACAGCCCUUGCUAGUAGAGCUGCUGGAUCUCAGAACAUGAUCUUCCAAGCCGUUAACAUUACCAGCUCUGGAGCCGUCCAAAAUAUCACCGACGCGACAGUCAGUUUGUGGAAGGCAGGCCUGAACAUGUCUUUCUGGGAGCAUGUUAAACCUGCAAUAAACUGCCCCCUCAUUUUACUACCACCGUACCAGUUUACCAAGUCAAGACAUUGGCUGGAGCGCCGCAAGCAGGAGGUCAAACAAAUUGAGUCUGUUGUGCAGGUACCCGAGAAACGCACGGGUAUGUGGUCAUUCAUAGGCUGCGACUCCACAGAAACAAAGGCACGGUUCCAGAUUCACACCGAUUCGGAAGAAUUCCAGUCUUAUGUCGGGGCCCAUUUCAUCGCACAAACGGCAGCCAUUUGCCCAAGUAUGGUACAGCAAGUUAUUGCUCGUGAUGCAUUGUCAAGUUUGGUCAAUGACUCAAAUUUGCUCCCUGGGCUUGAAAGCAUGGAGAGCGAGUCCCCGUUGUGUUUGGGUGAUUCGAAGCAAGUCUGGCUCGAUGCCGAUAUGGUUCAUGACAGCCCGCUUACCUGGGAAUUCCACAUCGCCAGCACAGACCAUGCGGGCAAAGACUCCACAAAGCACGUUUCAGGCCGCAUUGUCUUCCGUUCGCCCGAAGAUGCUGCUGAAAUCUUUGAUACCUAUGAGCGACUGGUUGAUCACAAGCGUGCUGUUGCUCUGCUCGAUGGAGAAGAAUCUGACGAAGUCAUCAAGGGUAGCCGAAACAUCUACAAGGUUUUCACGCCCGUGGUGCAGUACAACAAUGACAGUUACAAGGGACUGCAGAAAUUGGCCUCAGCUGGAAACGAGUCUGCAGGCCGCAUCGUCAAACAAGAUUCGACGAAGACUAUUCUGAGCGUUGGUCUAGGUGAUACCUUCUGUCAAGUCGCCGGUAUCUUCUUGAAUUGCAUGGCAGAUUGUGUGGAAGGCAAUAUGUAUUUGUCGAAUCGGGUUGACAGGUGGAUUCGUUCGCCUAGCUUCCCAGUUGAUGAGCGACCAGAGCGAUGGGAUGUAUAUGCGCGCCACCGACAAUCACCAAAGGCAUACGUGAGCGACUUGUUUGUCUUCGAUGCUGAUAGCGGAAAACUGGUAUGGGUCGUCUUGGGUCUCCACUUUGUCGAAGUAUCAAUCGCCGGCAUGUCACGACUCCUGUCGAAGUUGACUGGUGCUCAGCCAGUACAGACAACUCCUGCCCCAGUGACCGCAAUCGAUGUGCCUCUGACCAAGCCAUCUGCGAAGAAGAAUAUCCCAGUUCGAGAAUUCAAGACUACCAAGCCGGUUAGCAAUUUUGCAGUUAGCAAAAAGCAACCUACUCCAAAGAAAGAAGAGGGACCUGAUGUUCUCGGUGGUGUUCGAGCUUUGUUCAUCAACUUGUUGGGACUUGAAACGGACGAGAUACAACUCAAUUCUGACCUUGUUGAACUGGGUAUUGACUCACUGCUAGCCAUGGAGGUUGCUCGCGAGGUUGAGAAGAAGUUCAACAUCAAGUUUGAGUUGGAUGAGCUCAUGGACAUGACAGACGUGCGGAGCUUGGUGAACGGCAUUAGAACCAAUAUGGGCGUAUCUGACUCGUCCGAGACAGAGGAAGACAGCAGCGAUGGGAUUUCCACAAGCUCGUCUGUCAGCGAGUCUAUUAUGACCCCAGGCGGCGAAAUUAAUGGAGUCUACAAGACUAGCCAUGUGCAACUUCCUACCCGCUCUAUUGCCGAUAUCUUCACAGAAACGAAACUGCUGACGGACCAAUUCAUUGAGGAAAACCAACUUUCUGGCUAUUCUAAUUACGUCCAGCCCAAAUUGACCGAGUUGGUCGUCGUCUACACGCUAGAUGCCCUCGACCAAAUGGGAUGCUCUCUUCGGUCCGCCCAGCCUGGCGAGACAAUCGCCCAAAUCCCCCACCUCCCCAAGCAUGACAAAGUUAUGGAUGUUCUGCGAGGAUUGCUCGAAAAAGCCCGCCUUGUGGAUGUUGAGGGCUCAACAUUGAUUCGCACCGCACUUCCAGUGCCACCCAAGUCCGCCUCCAAGAUACUCGAAGAGCUUCUAAAUGAGUACCCUGAACACUACUACGACCAUAAACUCACUAGCCUGACUGGAUCUAAGCUGGCGGAUUGCCUGACAGGAAAGACUGAAGGUAUCCAGCUGCUCUUUGGCUCUGCCGAGGGGCGAGAACUCGCGGCUGGAAUGUACGGGAAGUCUCCCAUCAAUGUGGCCUGGCUGCGACAGCUGGAGCAUUUCUGGGAGCAAUUCAUGGCCCACCUCCCAGCACAACGCGAUGAACCAAUCCGCAUUCUAGAGAUGGGUGCUGGUACCGGUGGUACAACCGCGGCAUUGUUGCCACUUCUAGCACGCUCGGGUGUCCCUGUUGAGUAUAUUGCCAGUGAUAUAUCACCAUCGCUGGUUGCUGGACUCCGGAAGCGAUUUAGGGAGUACCCCUGGAUGCGGUUCGAGGUCAUUGACAUUGAGAAGGAAGCCCCUACUAAGCUCCUGGAAAGCCAACACGUUGUACUAGCAACGAACUGUGUCCACGCAACCCACAGUUUGGCGAAUACGACCAAGAAUAUUCAUAAAAUGCUUCGCCCGGACGGCUUCCUUAUCAUGCUGGAGAUGACAGAGGCGGUACCUUGGGUGGACUCAGUCUUUGGAUUGGUCGAAGGAUGGUGGCUUUUCGAUGAUGGCCGUGACCAUGCCCUUGCCCAGCCCGAGGUUUGGGAAAAGACACUGCACCGCAACGGAUAUGGCCAUGUCGACUGGACAGAUGGCCACCUACCAGAAAACUCUAUUCAGCGCAUUAUCAUUGCACUCGCCUCUCCCGAGAGUCAUAGCCGGGUAUCUACAUCCCCCCCUGCUCCUUCGAAGGUCCCGGCUGACUUUUCUGCUCGCCAAACAGUAACCGACUCAUUGAUCCAAAGACACACCAGUGGUUUUGCAGCCCCAGACCCGCGCCCGAUCGAACAAAACUCAUCGCGCUGUGUGCUUGUAACAGGCGCCACCGGCUGUCUGGGGUCCCACAUCGUGGCCCACCUUGCUGAACAACCGGGUGUUCGCAAAGUUAUUUGUCUGAACAGGGUGAGCAGUUCAGACCCAACCACCCGGCAACAUGAAGCCCUACUAUCGAGGGGCCUCCUGCUGCACGAAAAAAUUUCGAAAUUAGAUAUUAUAGAGACGGACUCAUCUGCAACUAACCUCGGUCUCUGCCCCGAAGAUUACCAACAUCUAGUCGCGAGCGUCACAGAUAUCGUGCACAACGCAUGGGCUAUGAGCAUGACGCGCCCUGUGCGCGGAUUCGAGCCCCAAUUCAAAGCCAUGCGCAGUCUGAUCAACCUUUCUCGCGACUGCGCCUCGAAGGGGCGGAAAAUUGGCUUCCAGUUCAUCUCGUCUGUCUCGGUAGUAGGCAGCCAUCCUUUCCUCAGUGGCAAGGCACAAGUCCCAGAGGAAAGAGUCAAUACAGAAUCUGCCUUACCGAUGGGCUAUGCUGACGCCAAGCUUGUUUGUGAGCAUAUGCUCGACGAGACUCUACACCGAUACCCCGAGUUCUUCCGCGCCACUUCUGUGCGUGUAGGCCAGAUCUCUGGAUCGAAACUCAACGGAAACUGGAAUCCAGUGGAACACCUCGUGCAUUUGAUCAAGUCAUCCCAGACGUUGGGAGUAUUGCCGGACUUGGACGGGGUUCUGUCAUGGUGUCCGGUCAAUGAUGUAGCCGCCACGCUGGGUGAUCUGCUCAUCGAAGAACAGCCCGCGUACCCGAUUUACCACAUUGAGAAUCCAGUGCGGCAGCCAUGGCGCGAAAUGAUCGCCAUUCUUUCCGAUGCGCUCAAUAUUCCGCAGACCAACAUCAUUCCAUACGAUGAAUGGCUACGCCGUGUGCGCCAAUUUCCACCUAGCCUGAUGUCAGAGAACCCAGCGGCCAGGCUGGCUGACUUUUUCGAGGCGGACUUCUUGCGCAUGUCAUGUGGUGGGAUGAUACUGGACACUGCACGCACUAAAGAGCAUUCUGAAACAUUCAGGGGACUGGGACCAAUUGACGAGUCGCUGGUUAGGACGUAUAUACAGGCGUGGAAGGAGUCGGGGUUUUUGCAUUUCUAA